AAUAUGUGUAUGUAUGAAAACACGCACGAACAAUCCGCAGCGUUCAGUCAGACACACUUCUACUACACACCAUAUACACUACAAGGGUACCUAGGGUGCUUGGAACAUUUACAUAUAUACAUAUAACACCAUAUAAAUAGCUCAUCAUGGGAGUGCGUUUCUUAAACGUUAUCCGGCCGUUCAUGGCAUUCGUGCCAGAGAUCAAUGCACCGGAAAAGAAAGUCCAAUUCAAGGAGAGGGUCGCCUGGACGUCCAUCACGCUCAUCAUCUUCCUGGUGUGCUGCCAGAUCCCUCUCUUCGGUCUCAUGUCCUCUGAGUCCGCCGAUCCCCUGUACUGGAUGCGUGUUAUCCUGGCGUCUAACCGAGGUACUCUGAUGGAUUUGGGUAUUUCACCCAUUGUUACGAGUUCGCUGAUCAUGCAGCUGCUUGCGGGGGCUAAGCUCAUUGACGUGGACAUGAACCUUAAGGAAGACCGAGCGCUGUUCAAUGGCGCCCAGAAGCUGUUUGGUAUGCUAAUCACCUUCGGUCAGGCGUGUCUGUACGUGAUGAUGGGUAUGUACGGAGAGCCCUCUCAGAUGGGCAUGGGCGUGUGCAUCAUCAUUGUCGUACAGCUGGUCUUCGCUGGUCUGAUUGUCUUGUUAUUAGACGAGUUGCUGCAGAAGGGUUAUGGCUUAGGUAGUGGUAUCUCGCUGUUCAUUGCCACCAACAUCUGUGAGACUAUCGUGUGGAAGGCCUUCUCGCCCCAGACCUUCAACGUCGGCCGAGGAAACGAAUUCGAGGGUGCUGUGAUUGCCACCUUUGAUCUGCUGAUUAAGCGUCCUAACAAGGUUGGAGCUCUAAAGGAAGCCUUCUACCGACAAAACAUGCCCAAUCUCAUGAACCUGUUUGCCACUAUCUUCAUAUUCGUGGUCGUUAUCUACCUACAGGGUUUCAAGAUCGACCUGAAGAUCAAGAGCAGCAAGUUCCGUGGACAGGACAUGACGUACCCCAUCAAGCUGUUCUAUACCUCCAACAUCCCCAUCAUCCUGCAGACAGCCCUGACCUCCAACGUGUUCUUCUUCUCACAGCUGCUAUUCAACAAGUUCGAGGAUGUGUUCUUUGUGCGCCUGCUGGGUGUGUGGGCUUCUGAGGGACCCAACUCAAACCCCAUUGGUGGAUUCUGCUACUACAUCUCUCCCCCACACUCUCUGGGCGAAUGCUGGAAGGAUCCUGUCCACGCCAUUGUGUAUAUGGUAUUCAUGCUGACCACGUGCGCCGUCUUCUCCAAGACCUGGAUUGAGGUGUCCGGUACCUCUCCCAAGGACGUCAACCGCCAGUUCAAGGACCAGGGUAUUCAGAUUGUAGGGUUCCGUGACUCCAGCACUCUGAGUGUACUCGACCGGUACAUCCCCACGGCCGCUGCCUUGGGAGGAUUGUGUAUCGGGGCUUUGUCCAUCAUUGCUGAUCUCAUGGGUGCCAUUGGCUCGGGUACUGGUAUCUUACUGGCUGUAACGGCUAUAUACUCGUACUUUGAGGUGUUUGCUAAGGAGCAGGCCGAGGCCGGCAGCAUGAAUGCGCUGGUGAUGUAGAGAUGUUCCGAGCGGGCUUGCUUGGUUGGGGUGGUUGCUGGCUGGCUUGGUUCCACUUGCACCCGCCUUGGGGGGGUUCCCCCGGACACCAGACUUUACGAGGGGAGGGGGGGCAUGUGUUCAACAAACAAACGAUGCGUCUCGACGGAUAUUGUUAGACUACACGUGCACAUACAUGUGUGGGUGUAUACGAGUGCCUUGGUUGGAGUGCAUCAGAUCUUUACACCAUAUACUUAUAUAGGGAAAGCACACACGUGUGUGGGUGUCAAGGCGUAUCUUGGUACGAGUGUAUCAGGUCUUAAUACCAUAAUUAUAUAUGACAAGCGAUGAUGUUUCUCGCAAGGCAAUGAGUUGCAUCACCACACCUUGGAGUGUAAUCAAUAAAAAUAUCUACGCACAAAUUAUGUGCGUCACAAUCCGAGGUACAUUUAAAAUCAAAUUCAC